GAAGAAUAUAAUCUGCCUUGAUUUUGGGGACUGUGGAAAAAUUAACGGUGUCAAGCUUUUCAUGCAAAUGAGCGAUAUGAAAAAGCCGAAACUAGUAUUAGUAACACGCUCCACCUUGAAAUACAAGCGGUUGCAAUGUUGACAUGCAGUGGAGCCUCUAACCAAUAGGGAUGAUGUUUCCCUACACUACAGCUAACCCUAUGAGUUAGCGUUACGGGCUAUCCGCAUAGACAGAGUUCCGCAAAAGUCCUCACCCACUCGUUUGAGAAGCAAUAUGUGCACAGGUUCCACAUGUAGGCGGUUUGAGAUGAGCAUAUUGCUUAUCACAUAACCUGCGCUCACUGACCUCCGCAGAAGUGACCAUAGCUCGCGUAGUAACAUCCUCGAACAGCUCGCUUUGGAACUGUCCGUAUGCCGGUCUAGAUCGCCUUAGAAGCCGCCCAAAGAACUUGGGUGUUGUAAAAACGCUACCCUCAUCAAUCCUGAGAAAUUUAUGUCAGUGGGAUGACAGUGUGAUCACACCGAAAUUUAUUCCAGAUAGUUCUAACAAACAUUGCAGAAGUUAGAUCAGCGCUGAGUUGAGGGUUAAGUGAGUAUUCCGCCUGGACUGUCAUCUGGCCGAGCUACACCGCGAUAUUCCCUGACAUAACUACCUUCUACUUGAUGGAGUUUCUUUUCUUUUUUUCUUCUACCUACUUCCUUUCCGUAGCCGUUUCGGAGGGCGUGGUGGGAUGCCACGCUUUGAGCCGGCGUGCAUUCUGUUUAAAUGCCGCAUAAGCCCGAUGAAGAUACGGCUAACAUACGAGUCCAACCCGCUAUAAGGUUGCUUGGCCUUUCAUCAGACCGGACCCGAACUCAUUUUACCCUUUGGGUCAUGUAAAGCUCGAGCUUUUAUUCCCAUUAGACACAAUCUUCCAAUGUACAAUCUAUUCGCCAGAACGUGGGUCCUUGCGCCGCAUUCAGUAGCAUUGUGAUUGGACAGAUUCACCACCGCUCGUCUCCCACACCCCACCCCCCACAUGUGCGGUGUAUACUAGCCACUCUCACCAUCACAAAACCACACCGCAACUAGUCGUAUUCUGAUUGGCCCGUCUUCGUUGGUUAUAAAAACCAAGUGAAACACCAUCCCGACGGCAGGUCGCAACUCAAACACAAUGUGGCCAUCGCGUCCUAUGACCGCCGCCCGGUUGGAAAGCGUUGUACAUCGAGUUGCGACGGAACAAUUCAAUUGCGAUCACAGGUUGAACUGUGGUUCCAACGAGACCAUGCUUGUCACACAAGCACUGCCUCCUUACAACAGAGGACCACCGGAACAAUCGGCGAUGAACGCUGUACAUAUCGCAACAGGUGGCGAGUACCAAAUGGCCUUACAACCGCUUUGUAGAAGGGUGGGAAAUGUGGCUGGUCGCGAUCCUCCUUACGUUCCCUUGUAUGAAUCUCCGCACUCAGUGCCCAGUGUGCACAGCAUGCCAGAUAUCGUUUGUGCUGCACAAAAUGAAAGGAGCGGCCAUCCUGCGGCUGUUAUCUCGUCCUUUCUGUGCUCCACCAGUGAGCCGGAAGCCGACGGAAGUGAAACCAGUUGCGCUGAUUCAAAAUUUGACACGCGAGUAAAGAGUGAUGAACCAGGGGAGGCCAGCGACAACGAAUCCGGAAGCCAAUCGGACUCGGAUGAGGUCCAGUUGUGUCAAGUGAGUUCAAGGAAAUCUGUAACUUUCGGAUAAACCUGUUACAAUUUGCCUACCAGCAAAAGUUUCCGACUUUCCGUUCGUAAUUAAGUUUGAACUCAAUGUUCUGUCUAUAACUCCACUUACAUUAUCGUUCGGAUUGUCACUAGUGUUCGAAGUGCGGCUACUGUGUCUCAAGAUUUGUAAAGCUGCUGGUCAUUGAAAACGGGCGGAUGAACUAACAAAAGUCCACUCUAGUCUGCGGAGACAGAAGUAGCGGGAAACACUAUGGUCAGUUUUCCUGUGAAGGCUGCAAGAGUUUCUUUAAGCGAUCCGUACGCAAGUCGGCCUCGUAUGUGUGUCGCUCGGGUGGACAAUGUCAAGUGGAUGCUCAAAGACGAAACCAAUGCCAGGCGUGUCGCAUGACGCGUUGUCUUAUGGCAGGAAUGAGAAAAGACGCUGUUCAACGCGCACGUGUGACAAGUUUAGCCCACGCAUCACCUCCAUCCUAUAUGACGCACUGUACUGCACAAGCCGCUGUGGCUGCGGCAGCUGUCGCCUAUCUUGCCCCGGGGUCUGCAACACCUAGGCCUUACUCCAGACAAGCCAGGAGCAUCCCCGAACACUAUGCUCAGUUGCCCUCCACGCACGUAGAGGGGUCAGUGCAAUCUAAUCUCAGUGGAUCAAUACCAAGGGCCGCUUUUGCUGCGGCUGCGCACUUGGCUGCAGCAGCAGCGUUCUCCAAUGUUCCCCGGAACACUGUCGGUUCAAAUCAGAUGUCAACGCUUACGGACCGUAUAGCCUACAUGUCCAGAGUGCCUAGCCCCACACAACUGGUACAAACGCCUCAAUCUGUUCGCCACUCCGACAGCAACUUAUACUUGGCUACGAUGAAUGUUGGUGCUCCCGUGACUCGUUGGUCCAUGGUCCCAAACAAUGAAAUACAUUUUGACCGAGGUUUGAUAGAGCAACCGCCUUAUCGAUGUGCGGAAUGGUAUCAGUGGCCAACCCUCCGCCAAGCAUAUCCUCACCAGAUAUCACAGCCCACUCAGGGAAGCUGGGAAGGACCAAUACAUACAGGUGUAAACCCGGGAUACGUUCCAGCAUCAAGCGUACGUCUACGCGGUGUUGCCUUAUCCCAAGACACUCCUCCUCAAUACAGUGGUGCCCAGCCCAUCGCAGUACCGCCAGCCAGUAGUUCUCUAUCCCGACCUGACUCAUCUUGCCCUCAUUCUUCAAUGCAAGAACAUCCAUCACCGAAUCACCUGACUGUAUUCGAAGCCGUUCAACAUUGGCUCAUCGGGGCCGAACGUCGCUCCGCCAUGAAUCGAUCAUCGCUGCCCACAGAGUACGAGCAGUGGGCUAGACAAAUGCUUCGAGGUGCAAGCAGUCUGCUUCAGAGAUUGAAUGCUGAUAGGUAUGCAUGGCGUCGUAGACAACACACCCUGGAAUGGUCUAGGAAUGCUGAGGACGAUGGUGAUUCAGACGAAGAAGGAUCCAACGAAGAGUGGCUGUUAUGCGAUUGGCAAGCCAUUGAACUGUGCCCGGAUCGACGAGGUACCGCAGCCAGCCAAACGCCGGAUACGACGCAUACAGUAUUCGUGGAUUUGGAUGAGUCGGAUUGCGAGAAGUUAAUCCUAUGUGGACAAAUACCACUAAGCAUAUUAUUCGAGCUUAUGCUAUUACUACACCCAAGGGAGGAUGCUACGACACAAAGGCCACCACAUCCCCACCCGUCGCUCUCAGACAGUGUGCGCUGCUGCGAGUCACUGGUGGCUCGAAUCAGAGGUUCCGAGAUUGUCGAGCAAAACUGGCACAUUGGUGAAGAGAGUCGGUGUGUGAAAACUGAACAAGUCGAGACUGACGGAAAAGACAGAAGUGCACAGUUGCAUCGGCGUAAAUUGUUGGAGAAAAUGAUUCAGUUACUCAAGAAUCUCCGAUUAGACCAAUUGGAGUGGAGCUGUCUGAAGGCCUUAACAUUACUUCAGCCAACUGCUUUGGAGGAACCCAAAUGCAGGCCUGUUGCCCUUCUAGCCGACACCGUUCGCACAACUUUGAUCAAACAUUGCGCGGACCGCUCAAUGAGGCAAGGAAUUCGGUUAUCCACGCCACAGACACAUAUCUACCGAAUCGGUUCCUUCAUAUCUCGUUUCUUUCAUGUGCUCACAUUAUUAACCGAGAUGCGGACACACGAGGCUGCUCAAGCAAAUCGCAACAUGGAGACUUUCCCCUCGGACGCAUCUCACCAGAAUCGGGGUCAGCUGCCAGUUCGGCACGCAUCAAAUUUCUUUGACUGACACAGUUAUGCAACUAUAAACAUUACCGCAGGCUCAGAAAGCAUUCUCGGAUAAAACAAAUCUAAACCUGACAUACAUUUAUUGUGUCGCUUUUAUUUCACCUACUCAAGAGGUGCUUGUACAUAACAAUUCAAUGAAUGUUAUUUAUAUUUC